AUGGGGCUCCCCAAGGAUCGAUCGCAGCUCUUUGGCCAGGCGGUGAAAGCCGUGGAAUCGCCAAGGUUGGGCCCCUCAAGUCGAUCGCGUCUUCCUCGCCGGCCGAAAGCCGCUUCGCCCGUGGGGCGCUCGUUUCCUACAUGGGUGAUGUUCGACACCCACAUCUACCGCGAGGAUCCCCAGUCCUUCUGCGAGGACGACCCUGAGACACCAUCAGCGAGAUUCCGUGCCUCCAACGGCGACGACAUUCUCAUAUCCUUGCGCCUCGUCGCGCCACCAGGGGCGUCUCAUCUCCGCCUUCAUUACUCGAGGGAAGUCAAGAUGUUCAACGGGACCGCGCUCGUGGCGGCUCACCUCGACUCUGUCCUCUUCCGCGUCGUCCCCCCCUCCAGCGUCCAGCCCCAUCAACGCAUUCCACUCCUGGUCCCUCUGGUAUGUCAAUCUUUGGCCCUCCCUCCGUGUUACAAAGACGAGCGGCGGAUGGCAGUGCAGGGCCAUGCUGAGCUUUCGCGCAUGCUGGAUGUAAGAGACGUAGGUCUCCUGCGUCGUGGCGAGGAUUUCGCUAUUGUAGACCUCAAGGUGCUCAUACCUGGCGACGGUAAUUCUGUGCCAAAGGAAGCCGAGCUCUUCAGGUAUCGUUCCAAUGCCCUAACCCCGCAGUGGGAGGUCAAGCGAAUCCUGAUCUGCCAAGGUGGCGAUAAGGACCAUGGGCUGUGUUGGUGGACAACUGACAAGGUCGUCUCCUUUGAAGGCAACCUGUGCUGGAUUGACUACCACAGGGGCAUCUUGUUCUGUGACGUCUUUGAUGAUGGUUCCCAGCUACAAUACGCUGAAUUGCCUGUGGAGCCUCUAAAGGCAAUCCCACUCACUCUGAGUUCGGCAGGGCUCACCCAUUUGUGA